AUUUAAGCAGAGAAUAUUAACUUUGAACACAGAAGAGAAACUAUCACUGCAUCACCAUGAUUGCAAAGAUUUGUGUCGUCCUUCUUCUGUUUGUUGCCUCUGGCAACGCAGAGACCACAGCCACGGCUGGACCAACAUUCCCACACAGCACGGCUGUACCAACAACCAGAACCAGCACUGCUGGACCAACAUUCCCACACAGCACGGCUGCACCAACAACCAGAACCAGCGAUGCUGGAUCAACAGUCCCAAACAGCACAGCUGCACCAACAACCAGAACCAGCACUGCUGGACCACCAGUCCCAAACAGCACAGCUGCACCAACAACUAGAACCAGCACAGCUGCACGAACAACUAGAACCAGCACAGCUGCACCAACAACUAGAACCAGCACAGCUGCACGAACAACUAGAACCAGCACAGCUGCACCAACAACCAGAACCAGCACUGUUGCACGAACAACCAGAACCAGCACGGCUGCACCAAAAACCACAACCACUAAGGCUGCACCAAAAACCACAACCACUAAGGCUGCGCCAAAAACCACAACCACCACGGCUGCACCAAAAACCACAACCACUAAGGCUGCACCAAAAACCACAACCACUAAGGCUGCACCAACAACCACAACCACCACGGCUGGACCAACAUUCCCAAACAGCACGGCUGGACCACCAUUUCCAGACAGCACAGCUGGACCAAAAUCCCCAAACAGCAAGGCAUGAUCAACAUUCCCAAAACAACACAGCUGCUCCAACAACCAAAACCAGCACGUUUGGACCACCACCAACAUGUAGCGUGGAGUGUGUUUGUAAAUGUUAAUCUCUGAUAUGUUAUCACAUGUAUCACUGAAGGAGGUGUCUGUAAUUAAUCAAACUGUCUGUGAUUGGAGGAA